UGUGUACGUAUAUAUUUAAUAGGUGGGGUUAACUACCUCUUACUAGGGACGACGGUCUGAGACUCGGUUCCGGGUUUACAUGGCCUGAAGCAGGAAUGCAUAUUGUACCCUUUUAGCACAGCGAACAAUGGGAACUGAUACUGUGCACGUUUAAAGCAACCGGUGCGGAUCGGUGAAUUUAUUUUUGAGUUACACUGGAACAAAGCUGCUAAAUAUUAAAUUCGGUGCCUGGAAUACUGUAAGCUGCUUCUGAACAGGAUAGCCUAUGGAAAAAUCUGCCUUUCAAAAUUGGAAUUUAACGGGGUAGACCCUCCGAAAGCGGAAAUUGGUGGGAAGCACGUAUAAUUACGGGUUUCACUGGGAGCGAGUCUGUAACUGUUCCUGGAGAAAGCUGUCGAACCUCUGCUGCUUUUCUGUCUAAACUCACUAACGCCAGAAAAUGAUCGGCAAAGUGUACAAGGCGUCUUCCUUCCAACAUAUAUGUAAAUGGGCUCAAUUAUGUUCAGCUUUAAGAUUUUUUUGCAUGAACAUCUAAAAUACUUCACUAAAAGUUUAUAUUAAAAUUACAUUCAUGCGUGCGCCGAGCAAGACCAUGUUUUCCUUGGCUGUCCUGAAGCUGUGUGAACUGUGCCGAAUCAUGGUGGAAAGGAGAGCUGUGUUCACGGUGCUGUCGGGGAAGAGGAGCUCUGCGCAGGUGAGGGAGAGGCUGAAGAGGGAUGUGGCGGAGAUGACUAAACAGUCCCCAGGCUUCCGUCCUGGCCUUGUAGUGCUACAGGUGGGGGACAGGGAGGAUUCUAACCUGUACAUCAGCAUGAAGCUGAAGGCUGCUGCCGAGAUUGGAAUCAACGCCAACCACUUGAGGCUGCCAAAAACUACCACUGAGGAUGAGGUCCUGCGACGCAUUACAGAAGUGAACAAGAACCCAGAUGUGCAUGGUCUCAUCGUCCAGUUGCCUCUGGACUCCAUCAACCGCAUCAACACUGAGAAGGUCACCAACGCUGUGGCACCAGAGAAAGACGUGGAUGGUUUGACCAGUAUAAAUGCGGGGAAGCUCGCCCGUGGAGAUCUUGGUGACUGUUUCAUCCCCUGCACCCCCCAGGGCUGCAUGGAACUCAUCAGGCAGACAGGUGUGCCAGUGGUAGGGAAGAAUGCAGUGGUGAUCGGUCGCAGCAAGAUUGUGGGGGCGCCCAUGUAUGACCUACUGCUGUGGAACCAUGCCACCGUCACCACCUGCCACUCCAAGACCACUGACCUGGCAGCCGAGGUGAGCAGGGCAGACAUCCUGGUCGUGGGAGCUGGCAAGGCAGAGAUGGUGAAGGGGGAGUGGAUAAAAAAGGGUGCAGUGGUCAUUGACUGUGGCAUCAACUAUGUGCCAGAUAGUAGCAAGCCCAGUGGAAAACGGAUGGCGGGAGAUGUCCACUACGCCUCUGCCAAAGAGAGAGCAGGAUUCAUCACCCCGGUACCAGGAGGUGUGGGCCCCAUGACUGUUGCAAUGCUUAUGCAGAACACAGUGGAGAGUGCCAAGCGCUUCCUCCAGACAUACCGACCAGGGAAGUGGAACAUCUCUUACAACAAACUCAACCUGCAGAAUCCAGUGCCGAGUGACAUUGCUAUCUCUCGCUCCUGUCCACCUAAACCCAUCGACCAACUCGCCCAGGAGAUUGGUCUUCUCUCUGAUGAGCUCGAGAUGUACGGCAAAACCAAAGCCAAAGUGCAGCUGUCCACCAUCAAGCGCCUACAGGCGCAGGCUGAUGGGAAAUAUGUGGUGGUCACUGGGAUCACACCCACCCCACUGGGUGAGGGGAAGAGCACCACCACUGUGGGGCUGGUUCAGGCGCUGGGGGCGCACCUCGACCUAAAUGUCUUUGCUUGUGUCCGCCAGCCUUCACAAGGUCCAACUUUUGGGAUCAAAGGGGGCGCUGCAGGUGGUGGCUAUUCCCAAGUCAUCCCUAUGGAAGAGUUCAACCUCCACCUCACUGGUGACAUCCACGCCAUCACAGCUGCUAAUAACCUGGUGUCGGCCGCCAUCGACGCUCGCAUGUUCCAUGAGGCCACACAGUCCGACAAAGCCCUGUUCAAUCGGCUGGUUCCCCUGAACAGUGGCCAGAGGAUGUUCUCCCCCAUCCAAGUCAACCGGCUGAAGAGGCUGGGAAUUGACAAGGCUGACCCUAGCACCCUGACAGAGGAAGAGGUGACCCGUUUUGUGAGACUGGACAUCAACCCAGACACAGUUACCUGGCAAAGAGUGAUGGACACCAAUGACCGCUUCCUGAGAAAGAUCACUGUUGGUCAGUCUCCCACAGAGAAGGGCUUCACCAGGACGGCCCAGUUUGACAUCUCUGUGGCCAGUGAGAUCAUGGCUGUCCUUGCGUUGACCAGCGAUAUGGUGGAUAUGCGGCAGCGCCUGGCCAAGAUGGUGGUGGCCACCAGUCGAAGUGGCGAGCCGAUCACAACUGAGGACCUGGGUGUAAGUGGCGCUCUGACUGUAUUGAUGCGUGACGCUAUCAAGCCCAAUCUGAUGCAGACUUUGGAGGGGACCCCGGUGUUCGUACAUGCUGGCCCUUUCGCCAACAUCGCCCACGGCAACUCCUCCAUCCUGGCUGAUAAAAUAGCAUUGAAACUGGUGGGCCCAGACGGAUUUGUAGUGACUGAGGCAGGGUUUGGGGCUGAUAUCGGUAUGGAGAAGUUCUUUGACAUCAAGUGCCGGUAUUCGGGCCUGCGACCUCACGUUGUGGUCCUGGUUGCCACAGUGCGGGCACUCAAAAUGCAUGGAGGUGGACCCACAGUUACUGCUGGUGUUCCUUUGCCAAAAGAAUACACUGAAGAGAACCUGGAGUUGCUGGAAAAAGGCUGCAACAAUCUGAGGAAGCAGAUAGAGAAUGCCAAAACCUUUGGGGUACCUGUGGUGGUGGCCGUCAACACCUUCAAGACAGACACAGACUCUGAGCUGGAUCUGGUCUGCAGCCUAGCCAAGGCAACAGGGGCGUUUGAUGCAGUGCGUUGCACACAUUGGGCUGAAGGGGGCACUGGUGCGGUGGCCUUGGCCAGGGCUGUGCAGAGGGCAGCGGAAGCACCUAGUGACUUCAAGUUUCUCUAUGAUGUUGAGCUGCCCAUCAUUGACAAGAUCAGGAUCAUUGCACAGAAAAUCUAUGGCGCAGAUGAUGUUGAGCUACUUCCAGAAGCCCAGCACAAAGUGGAGCUGUACACCAAGCAGGGAUUUGGAAAUUUGCCCAUAUGCAUGGCAAAGACCCACUUGUCACUGUCCCAUGACCCAGAGAAGAAGGGGGCCCCCACUGGUUUUGUGCUGCCCAUCCGAGACAUCCGAGCCAGUGUUGGUGCCGGUUUUCUUUACCCGUUGGUGGGCACGAUGAGCACUAUGCCUGGGCUGCCCACCAGACCUUGUUUCUACGACAUUGACCUGGAUCCAGAGACCGAGCAAGUUGACGGCCUCUUCUGAGAGGAGCUCACCUGGAGACAAUUGCCACACAGGGCCAGACCACUGUGCUGUAGAACUUUACCAAGAUGUGAUGAACCACGCCCCAUCCAAUAACUGGAUCAAACGAGGCGUGGACAAGUAGGAUCAUUGUGUCUCCAGUGGACCACCUCUCUUUAUAAAGCAGUUACCGUUCCGAGUUCAAGCCAUAGUACAAGACAGUCAGAUCUCCCUCAUGGUUAUUCUGGUGCAGAAUUCACCCAUUCCUUUCAUUAGCUGCCUCUUUGUUCUCUCUUCCUGCCAACUUGCCCAAUGACUGAACUGACUGCUGUGAACUGUGCUGAAACAGACAUUUUGAAAAUUCUGAUGUGAAUGUAGGUUUGGUCUUUUAUAUCAAAAUGCUAAUAAACUGCAGGCCCUUUGAGACUGGAAAUACAA